AUGAACCUAGUCCAACUGAGCGGUGCCCUACUCGCUGGCGGCUACAACUUCCUAUCCAAGGUCGCGCGAGCGCCCAGCGAGAUCCGGAGUCUCCUGACGGAAACCGCGGCCGUCAACAGCCUUCUCGCGCAAUUGCAGCAGAUCGCAGAUACAUCGCCCAAAGCAGCUGCAGACGAUGCACUGCAGGCUCUUGAACGGGUCGGUGUCUUUCAAGAAUGUCAGUCCACGCUCAAGUCAAUCGAGCGGGCGCUGGCAAAAUGCGAGCAGGUCAAUGGUCAAGAUGCAAAGAAUUUUGGGAGGAAACUGAUGUGGCCUUUUAAAGAGAAAGAGACCAAAGACGCCCUGCAGAGGCUUCAUCACAUGCGCGGAUUACUUGCGAAUGCUAUCGAGGCCAACUCUGCGUGA